CACAGCUCGAGCUCCCCCGGACCCGUGUCUGAUCCCCAUCUCUCCAUUUUCUCUCCCCACAGUCUCUGCUUUGUCCUAUCGAAAGCCACCGAACGCCGCGAUUCCGUCAAUCAAGUCACUUUCGAUCGACGCCUCAUCGAAUCCUCCGCAAUGACGUCGCAUCGCCUGCCCGCCAACGUCUCUCCCGCCUUCGGCGGGCGGAGGACGCAAGCUCCUCGAGCCUAUGAGCGCGGCCGGUCACUCGCUUGACCCUGGGCAACAGUGACAAUGAGCUGUCCAAGUCGAGCUUGGCCCAGGGACCUCGAUGUAACUUGUGCGAAAAGUUUGUCCGGUCUGCCGCGGGGUGCCUUGCAGGAGGCUGAGCUCAAAAAGAAGGUUGACGGAGAUCUUGUGAACUUAGAUAUAUUCCGUAUGUUGGCAGAUCGAAGACUGGCAGCCACCAUUCUGUCAGCCAGUCACUUCAGGGUCAGCCGAAACUUCUCUGACUAGGCCGAAUCACUGGGAGACUCAUCUGGUACAUCCAACUGCAAUCACCGCUCAGGUUUGUGAUGACUGGCGCAAACAACAUGUUACUGUUUGGGCUUCUCAGUCUUGGGUUCCUCACUUCCGCAACAUGGGCUCAGUCUGGGAACGCUUCGUCCGUGUACAAUACACGGUUCGAUGGUGUCACCUGGGACAAUGCCCACUGGAUCCUGACCACGACCAACCUUGAUCAGGGUCACUAUCAAUCUCGGGCCACAGUUGCCAACGGUUACCAUGGCAUCAAUGUUGCAUCUCUUGGGCCAUUCUUUGAGGUCGACACCAUAGAAGACGGGGAUAUGAUCAAUGGUUGGCCUCUAUUCAGCAGACGACAAUCAUUCGCCACGAUUGGAGGCUUUUGGGACUCGCAGCCCAGAACUAAUGGAACCAAUUUUGAAUGGCUUUAUCAAUAUGGAUGGGACAGUGUCAUCAGCGGUAUCCCUCACUGGUCCGGCAUCAUUGCGGAUCUGGGAGGGAACGAUUAUUUGGCCGCAUCGACGAACAGCUCAACCAUCAGCAACUUCAGAUCCAGUCUGGACAUGAAAAGAGGUCUGAUGGACUGGUCUUUCACCUGGUCUCCGGGGGCCAACGGUUCGUUCAAUGUGUCUUACCAAAUGUUCGCACAUAAACUCCAUGUCAACCAGGCCGCAGUCAUCAUGAACAUCACCGCGAUGAAUACUACCAACAUGACAAUUGCUAAUGUCCUAAAUGGAGAUUGCGCUGUACGAACGACUCCGGGUGACAAAGGAACCGACGGUGGAAUCAUUUUCACCUCUGUCCAGCCUGACGGAGUCCAGAAUGUUACCGCAUUUGUCUACGCCGGCCUGUCCUCUGCUGGAGCAACCGUUCGCUCGACCGAGCAAGCCACCUGGGAUCGACCGUACGUCGGAAACAAUCAGUCUUCCGUUGCCACCGGUUUACACGUCACCCUUGAGGCCGGGAAGGUUGCUACAUUCACGAAAUUCGUCGGCAUUGCCUCGAGCGACGGGUUCGCUGGUCCAAAGGACGUUGCGAGGGAAGCAGCUCUUUCUGCACGGCAAGCAGGGUACAGCGCAAUGUUGCAGACCCACGUUCAAGAGUGGGCAAAAGAGUUUCCUGCCGAAUCAGUGGAUGAUUUCUCGUUCCCCCAGAACGGAUCCUUGCCAGAUGAUCCGUACAUUAUUGAAACCGCCAUCACAGCGGUAGCAAACCCAUACCAACUCCUUCAGAAUACAGUGUCGGACAGCGCGAUUGCAGCAACUGGUAAUGCCUCGAUCAACAGCCACAGCAUCUCUGUUGGCGGGCUGGGCUCGGAUUCCUAUGCCGGCCUGAUUUUCUGGGACGCCGAUAUCUGGAUGCAACCCGGCCUCGUGGCGGCUUUCCCGUCAGCUGCGAGAAUCAUCUCCAAUUACCGUGUGGAGCGGUAUGGACAGGCGCUUCGCAAUGUGAAGACGGCGUAUCAAUCUUCGAAGAACCACACCAACUUUUCCUCCAAUGCGGCCAUCUAUCCAUGGACCAGUGGACGGUACGGAAACUGUACUGGGACGGGGCCUUGUUUCGACUACCAAUACCAUCUUAAUGGCGACAUUGGUCUGGAAUUGAUCAACCAGUGGGCUUCGUCAGGAAACACGUCAUAUUUCCGCGAUCAACUGCUUCCGGUGUAUGAUUCCAUCGCCACGCUGUUUUCGGAGUUGCUGGAGAAGAACGGUUCGACAUGGUGGCUCACAAACAUGACCGAUCCUGAUGAGUAUGCAAAUCACAUCGACAACGGAGGAUACACAAUGGCGUUGAUUUCAACUCACUUGACCAAUGCCAAUCUAUUCCGAGCCAUGUUCAACGGGACACCCAACGCGACAUGGGAAGAACAGGCGGCAAACAUGUACAUCGCUCGCGACAACGAGGCGGACAUUCUGCUAGAAUAUCCCGGCAUGAACGGCAGUACCUCGGUCAAGCAAGCGGACGUGAUCCUCAACACAUACCCGCUUUCAUUCACACGAUACAACUACACUGCCGAGCGAUCACUCAGCGAUUUAGACUUCUACGCAGGCAAGCAGUCCAUCAACGGCCCUGCCAUGACGUACGCCAUGUUCGCCAUCAUUGCGAACCAGGUCUCGCCGUCCGGUUGCUCCAGCUACACAUACCAGCAAUACUCGACCCAGCCAUAUGCGCGGGCACCAUGGUACCAGCUAUCCGAGCAGCUGGUGGACAACUGGAACGCCAACGGCGGGACACACCCUGCAUACCCGUUCCUGACGGGCCACGGCGGCGCACACCAAGUGGUACUUUUCGGCUACCUGGGCCUUCGGUAUCUUCCGGAUUAUGUUCUACACGUCGACCCAUCGUUGCCACCUCAGAUCCCGCAGAUUCGGUACCGCACUUUUUACUGGCAUGGAUGGCCCAUCUCGGCAUUUUCCAACCAGACGCACACGAUUCUCAGCCGCAACGGCAGUCUCGUUCCCGACGAAGGCGCCGUCCCCAACGCCACGUACGCGACCAACCCUAUCCCUGUUCACGUCGGUCCCAUCGGCAACCCGCCGCUGGCAAACUAUAGUCUUCCUCUCAACGGCAGUAUCACCAUCACCAACCGGCGUAUUGGCCAGAUCAAGACCACCGCAGGCAACGUUGCCCAAUGUCUGCCCGUCACCUCGCCCGACGAGUAUUUGCCCGGCCAAUUCCCCAUCGCCGCCGUCGACGGCGCCGCAAGCACGAAAUGGCAGCCUGCACUGGCCAAUAAGACUGCCAGCGUUACUGUCCAAUUGCCCGUGGGAUACCGCGUGACCGGAAUGGUCUUCGACUGGGCUCAGGCCCCGCCGUGGAAUUAUACUGUCCUAUUCCACAACCAAACCCUAGACAGCCCGAGUGCCGUGAGCGCCAAUACCUCGAAAGGUGUCGUCGAGGUUGCCAGCAAUCAGCGCGUGCGUAUCGCCGAAGCGUACAAUGCCACGGAGAUUUUCGAAAUUGGUCCCAUGGAGUCCAAUAUCACCACGUACAACGUUUCUGCUAGUCAAGAAGUCUAUACCGCGCGCUAUGCCACCCUGCAAAUCUGGGGAAGUCUCGAAAAUGGAACCGUGUCCGCAUCCAAUAUGUCCGGCAGUGGAGCCACGGUUGCAGAGUGGAGUAUUAUUGUCGAUGGUCUUCCUGAUGACAACAGCACGGAAACAAAGAGGGAUUUGGGCGGAAGUAUUCUAAGGACUAGAGACCAGGUUCUAGACAUGGAUAUGUUGCUGAAGCUCGGCCGUCUCGCGAGGUAUGCAGAGGCAGGAAAUAAGAUGGGAUGGACCUGACCUGACCUGAACGCUACUUUAAUAUCGGGGAACCCUGAAGGGAAAGCGAAUGGGGCCGCGAUGCCCAGCGAUGGGAAGAUGAAGAUCAGGUGGCAGACAACACCUACUAGUACUGUAAUGGAAUUAAUAAUACAUGAAUAAUCGACGG